CAGCCCUGUGACGUCACACCGCAAAGCAUGCUGGGAGAGGAAAACUCCAGGAACCUGAGGGAAAGAGGAAGUUCUGCUGGAAACGUCCUGUAAAGAGGCUCUGAUGUCCGGACAGCGGGAGGGAGAGCCCCGGCAUGAGGAGCAGGUUCCUGUGAUAUAGGAUUGUCCGAUGACAUCAUCAGUACCAGAUAAUGGACGGAGACGGGGACAAGAUGGCGGAGAGGAUAUUAGAUCUUACCCUGGAGAUACUCCUCCUGCUUACUGGAGAGGAUUAUUCCACGGUGAAGAAGACGUCUAGUAAUCUGAUACAUGAGAAGAACAAUGAGAAGAUCCUAGAAGUCGUCCACAAGAUGAUGGAGCUGCUGACUGGAGAGGUUCCUGUAAGGUGUCAGGAUGUCGCUGUCUAUUUCUCCAUGGUUGAGUGGGAGUAUUUAGAAGGACACAAGGGUCUGUACAAGGAGGUCAAGAUGGAGGAGGACCAGCCCCUCAUAUCUCCAGAGAGAUCCAGUCAGAGGACAACACCAGAGAGAUGUCCCCGUCCUCUCCUUCCACAGGAUGGUCAGAUUGUGAAAGAGAAAACACCCCCUUCAAUUCCAGAGUGGCUAAAGAAAAUGCACACACUGCACAACUUUGAGAAGUGAAGACUAUUGAGAGAAGAUAAGUUACACCACUACCAUACAACAUGGGAUCUUUGGAACUCAUUUGUUAAAAGUGACUUCAUCUUAAACCUACUUUGAUUAACUCCAGAUAUUAAGUCUGUAUACCGAUGAGUCAAGCUCACAUUUUGAGCCCUGAUAGCCCCCCCAGCCUUAAUUUCUCUUACCCUCCCCCAGUUAUCUAUGUUUUAUACAUUAAAGGGCACGCGGCAUACACAUGGUUACAAUAAUCAUAUAAGCUGAAGUAUAGAUCGCUCUAUGAUCUUAUUUUCAAAGUCUCGAGUUUGUUAAUAAAGACUUGGGUCCUUACUAGCUUGAUAAUAAAGAGUAUCUCAAGAUUUCAUAUUUCUGUAAUUUGAUAAUACAAUUGUGUGAAUAAUUACCUUUUAUAUACUAAGCAUAACUAUUAUUGUUGAGUAUAUUAUAAUUUUAAUUUCAGGUCUUGAGUUUAUUAAUAAAGACUACGGUCCUUACCGGUUUGAUCAUAAAGAGUUUCUCUGUCAUUUGCUAAC